UUUAAAGAAAAAUAUGAAGAAUUUAUUAUAUAUAUUAUGAUAUGGUUAAGUUAUAUGUUAAAGAUAAAGAAAGAUAGGAAAAUAAAAAAGAUAAAUGAAUUUUAUGAAGAGAAUAUAAAGAAUAAAAGUAAUUAUAAUAAUUGUAAAAAAAUAAUAAUAAUUAUGAUGAUUGUAGUAAUUGAUUAAAAAAUAAAAAGGGAUAUAAUAAUUUUAAGGAGUUUAUAAAAGGAAAAGAAUGUUUUAUGAGUAUUAAUAUUAAAGAAAUGUAUAAAUUUUAUGGUGAAUUUAAAUAAUUAUGUAAAAUGUAUAAUGAAAUUGAUGAAAAAAAAAAAAAUGAAAGAAAUAUUUAGAAAAAGAAAGGAAUUUGUUGAAAAUAUAAUGAAAUUAAUAAAGUUUAUGAUAUUAAUGAAGAUAGUAAAUAUUAUAAAUUAUUGUAUAGAUUAUAAAAUGAUUAUAAUAAUUUUAAAAAUUAUUGUAAUAUAAAGUUGAUUGUAGUGAUAUUAAUAAAUUUAAAAGAUAAAAAAAAUAAAAAAUAAUGAAAAAGUUUAUGAAAGAGUUAUAAAUAAAAUUAUAAGGGUAAGAAAUAGUAAAUAAAUUAAUUAUAGUUUUAUAGAUAUUAGUUGAAAUAAAAUUUGUUUGGGAAUUUAUUAUAAGUAUUAGUUAUUUGGAUUUAGAAAAAAAUGUAAAAAAAUAAAGAAGAAAAUUAAUAUAAGAAUAGAAGAGUAA